AAAGACCUUUGCAAGUUGAUACGUCCACCGUUUUGCCGCUUAUAUUGUCCAUCAAAAAGAAAGAGGGUUUCGCUUUUCAAUUGCUACACUAAUCGCCUCGGCCGCCCGCCCAUUACUUGUCUGAAAUGGCGACUAUCAGCGAUGAUGACGACGACGGAACUGAUUGGGUUGCAGUUUGUGAAGCCAUCGAUGCCGCUUGCGCUGAACAAUCAUCUGCUGCUGCGUUUUCAAUGUCUGAUUCACAUGUCCCUAACAUUAAACCCACUUCUUCUCGUCAGUCCACACUUGAUGGAUUCGUUGGACUCAAAUCCAACAAACAGGAGCCAAAACAUGAUGCCCCUGAUGAUGAUGAUAGAAUUAGCUGCGUUAGUAUUGACCCAGAGGCUGCAAAAACCUGGAUAUACCCAGAAUUCCCCCCUGUCCGCGAUUAUCAGCUUUCUAUUACGGAGAAAGCUUUAUUUUCAAAUACUUUGGUCGCAUUGCCUACAGGAUUGGGAAAAACUCAUAUUGCUGCUGUUGUCAUGUAUAAUUACUUCAGAUGGUUUCCUGAAGGAAAGAUUGUAUUUGCUGCUCCUUCACGUCCUCUUGUUAUGCAACAAAUAGAAGCAUGUCAUAAAACAGUGGAAAUUCCACAAGAGCGGGCAGUUGAUUUGACAGGGCUAACAAAUCCUUCAAAAAGAGCUUCCCUGUGGAAAGAUAAACAAGUCUUCUUUGUGACCCCACAGGUUCUUGAAAAGGAUAUACAAUCUGGAUCAUGUCCGGUGAAACAACUAGUGUGUUUAGUGAUUGACGAGGCUCACCGUGCAUCUGGCAACUAUUCCUACUGUGUUGUUGUUCGUGAGUUGAUGGCUGUUCCAGUACAUUUGAGAAUAUUAGCUCUUACUGCAACACCGGGACAUAACCGUCAAACCGUGCAGCAAGUUAUUGAUAACUUGCAAAUAUCUCGUCUUGAGUAUCGAAGUGAGAAUGACCAUGAUGUGAUGAAUUAUGUGCAUGAUAGGAAGAUUGAAGUAAUACAGGUUCAGAUGGGAGAAGAUGCUGUUGAAGUAAAUAAGCUACUAUUGGAUGUAAUUCGUGUACAUACUAAAAAGCUGGCUGACUUUGGAGUUCUUCCAAAAAGAGACCCCCAAACACUCAGCCCAGUUGACUUUCUAAGGUCAAGGGAAAACUUUCGUCAAUUUCCACCACAAGAUUUGGACCCAGUUAAAUAUCCGGAAGUAGAAGGGAGUCUUGGAGUUCUCAUCACAUUAUAUCAUAUAAGGAAGCUGGUUUCUGCCCAUGGUAUACGACCGGCAUUUGAGAUGCUUGAAGAAAAAUUGAAGCAGGGGCAUUUUGCUCGCCUUUUUAGUAGAAAUGAAACCAUUCACAAAGCAAAGAUUAUAAUGCAACAAAACUUAUCUCAUGGUGCUCGUAGUCCGAAGUUUGUAAAGAUGUUACAAGUCCUAGUUGAACACUUCAAAAAACAAGAUCCCCAGAAGUCGAGGGUAAUCAUUUUCUCACAUUUUAGAGAGAGUGUAAGGGACAUAAUGUCAUCAUUAAACACCAUUGGAGAAUAUGUUAAAGCUACAGAAUUUGUUGGUCAAAAUUCAGGCAAAACAUCAAAGGGCCAAUCACAAAAAGUUCAGCAGGCUGUUUUACAGAAAUUCCGGGAUGGCGGGUAUAAUGUUAUUGUUGCGACAUCAAUAGCAGAAGAGGGUCUGGAUAUAAUGGAAGUUGAUCUUGUUAUAUGUUUUGAUGCUAAUAUAUCACCUAUACGCAUGAUUCAACGCAUGGGGAGAACUGGUAGGAAGAGUCAAGGACGAGUUGUGAUCUUAGCUUGUGAAGGUAUAGAGUUAAGCGGUUAUAAGAGCAAGCAAGCUAAGGGUAAGGCUGUUAAUAAACAUAUGCAGAAUGCAGAAAAAAACUUCUUGUUUCACCCUAGUUUAAGGAUGGUUCCUCAUGUUUUCAAACCUGAAAAAAAGCUGGUGAAAUUUUUGAAAAUUGAAGAAUUUAUUCCACGUGGUAAGAAAGUGAAAGAAGAUGAUGCAAUUGAGAUGAUACCCAGAUAUAAACUUAAACUUACAGACGUUGAGACCCAUCUUCUUGAAAAGUAUUUUGAUCCUGCAAGACAAGAUAACUGGAGACCUUCUCUUAUUGCUUUUCCUCACUUUCAAGCAUUUCCAUCAAGAGUGCAUCAAGUUGCUCAUUCCGUCAGAACAACAAUGCUAAUUCAUACAAUGCAAUAUUUGCAAGGAUUAUCUUUCAAUGGCCCGGAUGAAGAGACUUUAAAAGAGUGCUUCAAAGAUGAAACUGUCGAUCAUCACACAAGAGAAGAUGAAGAAACAGAAACUGGCACAUUGGACAUAUCAAAAUCCGAGAAACACCAUUCCUUCUUGUUUGGGUCCGAUUUUACAGCUGUUGAUUCAAACGGAAAUAUAUUGAUUCUCUCUGUACCGCUUUUCCCAGUAAAAUUGUUUUCUCCAACUAAAAGUUCAAUUCCCCAGAAUAAGUCUGGUCAUUCAAGCGCUGUUGUACAUGAAGAGCAUCCAGAGAUAGCAUUGGAUGUAAAUGAAGAAUCUUUUAAUGAUUUGCAAGAAGACAAAGUAGAUGGAGAUGAUUCAGAGUUAUUAAAAAGAGAAGUUAGUGGCACAGUGAUUCCUAAUGUUGUAGAUGAAGCUGGUGAUCUCAGUCCUCGACUAACUAAUCUAUUGAUGAAUGGUGUCGUUCCCGAGUCCCCAGCACAUAAUAAAUGCACAUCAAAUAAAGAAAAAGGUUUCUAUACGACUCCAGAUGUUGAUAAUAACUCCAUAGCGUUGGUUGAAAGCAAGAAUGAUGAGGUAGUUAAGGAAAGUACCCCAAAUAAAGAAGUAGGAAUUCCACAAUUUAAUUUACUGAAAGAAGAGCUUGCUUCUGGUUCCAAGCUUGUGGGAGAAGUCAAAACACCUAUGACAAACUUGUCUAACAGUAAAGAUUGGCUUUUGAGUUCUGGUGAAAAAUCAGUUAGUCAACCGAAGAAAAAGCUGAAAAGGUUGAGAAAGGUUUGCGAUGUCAAAAGCGGGAAAGAAGAAACUGUAAGCCAUUCAUCGGUAGUAUCUGGUAGUAGAUCUUUUGCUCUGUUGGAUCGUGCUUUUGAUAGAGUGCCAGGUGGUAGGAAGCCGUUAAACAGCAAUGCCCGGGUUUUUAUCGAUGACGAAGCUGAGGCAUCUUCAGAAGAAGCUUCGGAUGAUGAUGAAGGGGAAGAUUCUUAUGGUGGUAGUUUCAUAGAUGACAGAAUAAACCCUACAACACAGGCGGAAUCAACUCAAUUCGACAUGAUGGCUGUAUAUAGACGGUCGUUACUCACUCAAUCACCAAUAGUAGAUUCCAGUCCUUACAGCAUGACUCCAGCUGAUGCUGGGAGUGCAGCGGGGACAACAAAUCCAUCUGUUGGGGAUUCAACAUCUGCUGCCCAUCUGAAUGCCAAAAGGUUAUCUUCAGAUACUGUGGUAAUUCCCAGCACGGUGGCUGAUGACACUAAAAGGCGAAAGUUGAGUUUUUCCCAAGGUGGGUGUGGGCCCCUUCCGGUUCGUAACUUAGAGAAGGAAAUCUUUUUAAACCCGGAAGCUGCUGCUGCUGGUAAGGAAAUGACAUUGCAGGUGGAUGAAUUGGAUGAUGACUUCUUUCAGGGAAUUGAUCUUGAUGCAUUGGAAGAACAAGCUUCCGAACUAGUGAGAUCUAAAUCAAACAUGUCGAAGAAAAUCCAAGAACUGGAUUUUCUGGAUUCUCCAUCAUUUGAUCUAGGAAUUUGAUGGUAUUUGAUAUUGAUUUUUGUAGAUAUUUAAAUGUGUAAUUAUUAUAGUGUUGAUACAAGAUUUGUUGUAUAAAUGAUAGUUACAGCAGUUGCGUUUUAUAUAAGAAAAAAUUGAGACAUAAAUAAAA